AUGAGUAACAACACCUCUGUUGUUGGUGGUAAAAUUUCAAUGCGAAAGAUGAAUGAUCAGGUGAUAAUUGUACAGAUUCUGGUGGGUAUUUUUCUUUGCAUCAACUCCAUGCUGAUUGCAACCUUUUUCACUAAGGAAAUCUUCUACACAAACAUGCGCUACAUUUUAUUCGUCACCACACUAUUUUCUGAUUCUGUAUAUUUAAUCAUCUCAAAUUUGCUGCUGAAUUUGAGCUAUUUUGCUGUUCCUGUACAAUCAUGGUCAUGUAUUUUCUUUUGCCUCCUGUCGUCUUUGUGUAAUUAUGUCACUCCUCUGACUCUGACAGCGAUGAGCCUGGAGCGCUAUGUGGCUGUCUGCAUGCCACUGCGUCAUGCAGAGCUGUGCACUGCAGGCAGAGCCCUGCAGGGCAUCCUCAUCAUUCACAGCCUCAGCAUCAUACCCUACAUUGUGGUUCUUAUAAUCUUCUUUUCUUCAGUCACCUUUAGCUUCUUCACACAACACAUCAUCUGCUCUAUGGAUGCUUUAAUUUUGCACAGGUGGCAGGGUCAUGUAAGGUCUGCGAUCAGUCAGUUUUACUUCCUGAUCAUGUGUAUCCUCAUCGCUUUCUCCUAUGUUCAAAUAAUAAAAGUGGCCAAAGCUGCAUCUGGAAACAACAAAGAGUCGACACAAAAAGGACUCAGAACUGUGAUCUUCCAUGCUUUCCAGCUGUUGCUCUGUCUCAUCCAGCUGUGGACCCCUUUCAUUGAAGCUGCUGUACUUCAGACUAAUUUCAGUUUACCGGUAUAUACAAACAUCCGAUACAUUAACUAUAUUCUGUUUAAUCUUUCUUCUCGAUGCCUGAGUCCUCUUAUCUACGGCCUGAGAGACGAAACGUUUCUACUUGCGCUGAAACACUGGCUGUUCUGCUGCCCAUUCAAGGCCAACAUGUUUAAACUGUGA